AUGAACGACGCCUACUCCAGAUCAGUCAGAGAGGUUCUGGAAUUCUUCAAUGUGGACCAGACAAAAGGUCUUGCAGAUUUACAGCAAUUUGAUGAUUUGCUGGUUAAGAUUUUGAUUGCAGCUGCUGUUGUUUCGUUCCUUUUGGCAUUGGUUGAUGGAGAGACAGGAUUAAAAGCCUUUUGGGAGCCUUCUGUCAUCCUAAUGAUAUUGGCUGCAAAUGCAGCAGUAGGGGUAAUCACAGAAACAAAUGCUGAAAAGGCUCUUGAGGAGCUUCGCGCCUACCAAGCUGAUACGGCAACUGUCCUGAGAAAUGGUUGCUUCUCCAUAUUACCUGCAACAGACCUUGUCCCAGGGGAUAUAGUAGAAGUUAGUGUGGGAUGCAAAAUACCAGCAGAUAUGAGAAUGAUUGAGAUGUUAACUGAUCAAUUACGUGUUGAUCAAGCAAUUCUUACAGGUGAGAGCUGUUCUGUGGAAAAAGAGCUUGAUUCCACCUCAGUGACAAACGCAGUUUACCAAGACAAGACGAAUAUCCUCUUCUCGGGUACCAUAGUGGUUGCUGGCAGGGCGAGAGCUGUGGUUGUGGGAGUUGGCUCCAACACUGCAAUGGGCAGCAUCCGCGAUUCUAUGUUGAGAACGGAAGAUGAAGUGACACCACUGAAGAAGAAGCUGGAUGAAUUUGGUACUUUCUUGGCCAAGGUUAUUGCAGGCAUUUGUGUAAUGGUAUGGAUUGUAAACAUUGGCCAUUUUCGAGAUCCUGCCCAUGGAGGCUUCUUGCGAGGCGCAAUUCAUUACUUUAAGAUUGCAGUUGCUCUAGCUGUUGCAGCAAUUCCUGAAGGGCUUCCUGCUGUUGUUACUACGUGUUUGGCUCUUGGAACAAAACGAAUGGCUCGGAUGAAUGCUAUUGUAAGGUCGUUGCCAUCUGUAGAGACCUUAGGCUGCACAACAGUAAUUUGCAGUGACAAGACAGGCACUCUAACUACCAAUAUGAUGUCUGUCUCGAAGAUAUGUGUGCUUCAUUCUAUAAACCAAGGUUCUAUUGCUGCCGAAUACAGUGUCAGUGGGACAACAUAUGCACCAGAGGGCUUUAUUUUUGACAGCACUGGGGUGCAGCUAGAGUUUCCAGCUCAAUUCCCUUGUCUUCUCCACAUAGCUACAUGUUCAGCCCUUUGCAACGAAUCUGUUAUACAAUACAAUGCAGAAAAGAGGAAUUAUGAAAAGAUUGGCGAGUCAACUGAAGUUGCCCUUCGUGUAUUGGCUGAAAAGGUUGGUCUUCCUGGUUAUGAUUCCUUGCCUUCUGCACUGCAUAUGCUAAGUAAGCAUGAAAGAGCAUCUUACUGUAAUCGCUAUUGGGAGAACCAAUUCAAAAAGGUCUCUGUUUUGGAGUUUUCUCGUGAUCGCAAAAUGAUGAGCGUCCUUUGUAGCCGAAAGCAAAUGGAGAUUAUGUUCUCAAAAGGUGCUCCGGAAUCUAUAAUCUCUAGAUGCACAAAUAUUCUAUGCAAUGAUGAUGGUUCCACUAUUCCGCUAACUGCAAAUAUUCGAGCCGAGUUGGAGUCAAGAUUUCACAGGUCAGGAAAAGAAACUUUGAGAUGUCUGGCAUUAGCCUUGAAGAGGAUGCCAUUGGGUCAGAAGUCUCUGUCCAUUGAUGAUGAAAAAGACCUUACGUUUAUUGGAUUGCUGGGGAAACUUUGGACAGGAAACAUUUUGUUGAAAGCUUGCUCUUGGGGAUCAUCCUCAGGACAAAGAAUAGGGAAAACAGUAGCUACAGCAAUUUUCUCAGAAAGUGUCUCUGUUUUGGAGUUUUCUCGUGAUCGCAAAAUGAUGAGCGUCCUUUGUAGCCGAAAGCAAAUGGAGAUUAUGUUCUCAAAAGGUGCUCCGGAAUCUAUAAUCUCUAGAUGCACAAAUAUUCUAUGCAAUGAUGAUGGUUCCACUAUUCCGCUAACUGCAAAUAUUCGAGCCGAGUUGGAGUCAAGAUUUCACAGGUCAGGAAAAGAAACUUUGAGAUGUCUGGCAUUAGCCUUGAAGAGGAUGCCAUUGGGUCAGAAGUCUCUGUCCAUUGAUGAUGAAAAAGACCUUACGUUUAUUGGAUUGCUGGGGAAACUUUGGACAGGAAACAUUUUGUUGAAAGCUUGCUCUUGGGGAUCAUCCUCAGGACAAAGAAUAGGGAAAACAGUAGCUACAGCAAUUUUCUCAGAAAGUGUUGGAAUGCUUGAUCCACCAAGAGAGGGAGUGAGAAAUGCUAUACUCUCGUGCAUGACCGCUGGGAUACGUGUUAUAGUUGUGACAGGGGAUAACAAGGCCACUGCAGAGUCACUGUAUCAGAAGAUAGGUGCUUUUGAUCACUUAAUAGAAUUUGCUGGACACUCUUAUACUGCUUCUGAAUUUGAAGCACUGCCUGCAUUGCAAAAAACAGUGGCAUUGCAACACAUGAAACUGUUCACAAGGGUUGAACCAUCUCAUAAAAGGAUGCUGGUUGAAGCAUUACAGCACCAAAAUGAAGUGUUGCCAAAUUUCAACACCGAAUUUCCCUCACUAAAUGAUGUGGCACAGUUACCAGUAGAUGUUCAUGGAUCCACUUCGCUGAAGUGGUGA